AUGCGAGUAAGUAAAUGUGUGAAAUACAUUGGUAAUAGGACAAGUGAUUUGAAAUUGGUUUACAAAUGUUUGAUGAAGAAAGGAAAAAAAAUCCCCUGUACCCCUUUUUGUAGUCUGUACAUAUUGGUUGGUAUUUGUGAGAUUUUAUUUCCCCAACGUAAUGGUAAAGUUUAUCCCAUUUUAUUGGAAAUAGUUGAUAAUUUAGAUGAUCUAGGUAAUUAUUGUUGGGAUAGUCUAGUUUAUCGGUUUUUGGUACGUGGUUUGAACAAAGCUUCAGAUGCUUUGAAGAAAGGAAAUGCAAAGACCAAUGUUUAUGUUGAUGGAUGCAUUUACAUGUUGCAAGUUUGGUUUUGUGAAAAUUUCAUUCCUUCUAAAGGUCGAAUAGAAAAACAUCCAAGAAUCUUGCAUUGGAUGAAUAUAAUUCUUGGAGACAAGGUGGUCAUGGGAGCAUUGGAAAGUGGUGUGGUUGUUGAUGAUGUUGAUGUUCAAUUUGUACCAAUGAAGGAUAACAAUGAAAUGAAGGAUGAACCGAGACGAAAAAUGAAACAUGACAAGGCAUCAACAAAGAAGCAACUGAAGAGAGAACGCAGAGAGCGUUUUAUGGAAAGCUUACACCAACAAGAAUGUCUCGUGGNAGAGCUUAAAAGGAGGGUUUUUGUGUUGGAGGAAGAGGUGGCAUAUGAAAAAGCUAGACGAAUCAGACCACAGGAUGCUGAACACAAUGUGGGACAUGAAGCACCGUCCAUCUCCCCUUCAGGCAUCUCCCUUGGAGGCAUCUCCCCUGGAGGCAUCUUCCCUGGAGGAAUGCCCAUAGAUCCUUCUACAACGAAGACAUAUGUCAGGAAGGGGUCACGAAGGCGUUACAAGAGUAUAUCGCUUAGGACUCCUUACGUUGGAUUACUUGGAAAGAAAAAUGAGUGAACAUUGUAUU